GGUGGUAGCAGCGGCGGCCUUUGCUGAGUUUUCUCUGUCCUGGAGCGCUCAGGCUGUCGGUCUGGCAGGGGGAACUCCCUUGAGGGGCCUCUGCGGGUCGCCGUCUUCGGACGCAUCGGCGACGGCAGAGCCGACGGCCUCUUCACGAGCAAACAUGAAUGUUGGAGUUGCCCACAGUGAAGUGAAUCCAAAUACCCGUGUCAUGAACAGCCGGGGUAUGUGGCUGACAUAUGCAUUGGGAGUUGGCUUGCUUCAUAUUGUCUUACUCAGCAUUCCCUUCUUCAGUGUUCCUGUUGCUUGGACUUUAACAAAUAUUAUACAUAAUCUGGGGAUGUAUGUAUUUUUGCAUGCAGUGAAAGGAACACCUUUCGAAACUCCUGACCAGGGUAAAGCAAGGCUCCUAACUCAUUGGGAACAACUGGACUAUGGAGUACAGUUUACAUCUUCACGGAAGUUUUUCACAAUUUCUCCAAUAAUUCUAUAUUUUCUGGCAAGUUUCUAUACGAAGUAUGAUCCAACUCACUUCAUCCUAAACACAGCUUCUCUCCUGAGUGUGCUAAUUCCCAAAAUGCCACAGCUACAUGGUGUUCGGAUCUUUGGAAUUAAUAAGUAUUGAAAUGUUUUGAAACUGAACAAAAUUUUUUACAGCUGCUGAAUUUCUUAUAAGAAAGGAGUGGUUAGUAAACUGCACUGUUUCUGUGAUAAUGUGAAAUAAGAAGUAUUUACAUUGGAGGGCCAAUGGCUGGUCCUUCAAGUGCUGUUUUGAAGUGCAGAUUUCCAUUAAAUGAUGCCUCUGUUUAAUACAUCUGGUAUAUUUCUGAAGAGGGGCUUUAUAAGCAGGCUGGGCAGGCCCAGCUUGUAAGUUCAAGGGCAUCACAGUGAGGGUGUAGUAGAUAAAUUCAAAGAAAUAAGAGAUUUGUAAAAAACUAGGACCAGCUUAACUUAUAAUGAAUGGGCAUUGUGUUAAGAAAAGAACACUUCCAAUCAUUCAGCCAUGGUUAGUUAAAGCAGACUUACAUGUAAACCGGAAUCAUCUCUAUACAAGUUUAUUAAAGAUUAUUUUUAUUACCAUACAUAUUUCUCUUGUUUUAUGUAAGAGGAUGUAUAUCCUCUUGUUUUAUACAAGCCAUUUCUCACUUAUGAGGGUACUUUUUUGGUUUUGCUGGCACAAUAUUGUGUAUUGGUCAGUGAGGCCAUUUUUACAUUUAUUACAUUACAGAGUUCAUGGAGGUUCACCUUUGUGACUGAUUGGUGAUAGAAAAUAGCCAAGUAUCUUACAAGCAGCCUCUGAGUCAGUGUUCUAAUUUUGGAACAAAGCGGGUUUUACUGCUUUUCCAGACACAAGGCUGCUAACCAAUUAAGAAAAUAAUUUAUUUCUUUCAAGCAACUAAAAAGUAAUGGUAAUUUAAAGGCGUCUGCUUAUUUGGUUGAACAAUUGAAUUGGCAAAGUUUGUCAUCAUUUGAAAAAGGAAAUAUAAAAGGAACAACCAUAUAGCCAACCUGUGGCAGAAAUGAUGUCUCUAGCAAUAUUACCAACGUAAGUAAUGGAGUCUUUUUUGGCAGGUCUGCAGUAAAAGAUAACAUUUUCUUUUCUUAGUCCUCCUGCUCUCAACCCCCAUAUUUUGCCCAUGAAUAGUUUGCCUUUGAAUACGUGGGUUUUAGUAUAUAUAGCCCAAAAUGGUAACUGUCUCCAGAACAGCAACCACACUGAAUUCUUGUGACUUAGGAAAGCUUUCUAUAGUUGCUGACAUUAAUUGCAAGAAAUAACUGUAUACUGCUUUGAGAAGCAAACAUGUCAAAAAAACAAAGUUCAGAUAUGGGACAAAAUUUAAAAAUUCAGUAACAUUUAUAAACAUAAUUGAAUGAAAAGAGUUAUAGACCAACUUAAACAUCAAUUCGUGUCAGUAAACUGACUUUUGGGGGUAAUGAUCAUUGUUUUGUAUUUCAAAAGUAUUGAGUUUAGAAAUCAGUUGUAUGAUACUACCUUUGUAUGUCUGUCUUUUCCCAUGUAUUUUUAAAUAACUGGUGACCCAUAAUUUAAUAAAAUUUUUUCUUGGUGU